AUGGCGCCUCAGAGGCCGAGGCCACGCCCCCUGGGAAAUUUCAGUACCGUGAAAUUUUUAUUUUAUUUUUUAUUUUUUCCUUCCAAGGAAUGGUACAUCCCACGUAUAACGGAAAGGGCGGGGCCUAAACCGGAAGCGGGAAGUACAAGGCAGCGAAAAGGAGCCAUGGCUGUCCCUUGUGCCUUGGUGGCUGGCUGCGACGCAAGGUUCCCCGGGGAAGAGCUGGUGAAACGUAUCAUUGGGAAGGAAGAGCUUCCGGAGAACGCUUCCACAGACAUUGGGGUCCGGUUGUAUCCAUGGACGAUAGACAACAAAUACUACUCAGCUCCCAUUCACCUCUGCGUUGUGGAAAAUAGGUUCCUCGUGACAGCGGAAAUUGCUGAGACCGUGCAGGCUUUCUUGGCUUAUUUUGACAGCACGACGAUAUCGGGACUGGAUAGCAUCUCUUCAUGGCUUCCUCUCGUCGAAGACUGGCUUCCUGAAGUGAUGAUUUUAGUCUGUGACAGAGUCUCUGAGAAUGGCGUAAGUCGGCAAAAGGCCCAAGAAUGGUGCAUCCGGCACGGCUUUGAGUUGGUGGAGCUCAAUCCAGAAGAGCUGCCUGAUGAAGAUGAUGACUUUCCAGAAUCGACAGGAGUGAAACGAAUCAUCCAAGCCUUAAAUGCCAAUGUCUGGUCCAACGUGGAGAUGAAAAGCGAUCUCAAUCAGGGCUUUGGCUUUCUUCCUGCCUUAGCAGGUGCAAACCGCAGGCUUCGCUCAGAAGGAAAUGAAGCUCUAGAACCCCAUCCCUUGUUGGCCGAGAGCGCAGACUCCUCUGAUGACAGAGGAGAAGACCCAGCGGACACAGAAGGCGAGCAGAGAGGCCCCGUUGCUGCUGACCCUGUGCUGGACAUGGACAUCCAAGAACUUGCUAGCCUCACUGCAGGAGAAGGAGAUCUGGAGAACUUUGAGCGCCUAUUCUCCAAGCUGAAGGAAAUGAAAGAAAAAGCAGCAACACUGCCUCAUGAACAGAGAAAGCUACAUGCAGAAAAGGUGGCAAAAGCCUUCUGGAUGGCCAUCGGAGGAGACAGAGACGAGAUUGAAGGCCUGUCUUCAGAAGAGGACAACUAGGGGCCAAGAACAGCUGUGCUGUGGAAUGGAUGUGGGUUGUUCUGCUGCAAACACCACCAGGUUGUUGGUUGCAGGAACCAUUUUUUCCCCCUUUGACAAAAGGCCUAGUUUUUUGCAGUGUUUGAGAGACUGGAAAGAAGGCCGCUCCUUCAGCAUGUUGUUGCUGCUCUGGAAAUGUGAUGGCUGUCAGCUUGCUGGAUUCAUUCGUGGGGAGACCAGGAGGUGAAGCCAACAAAAUAGGAGGCCUGUUCUGGUCAUCCUAGGGAAGCAAAUCAUGGCCCACCUCAAAUGAAAAGACCUUCCUAGAAACCCUAUCUGUCUUACUUUCUAGUUUGUGAGCUGUUCAUUUGUCUUCAUUUCAAAGCAGAGAUCAAAAUCCUGGGAGGGAUGGAGCGGAUGGGAACUAUCAGCAGUAACUUUGGGGUGGAAUAGAGAAGAUGGGAUUUCUUUGGAUGUGCUUGCCCAGAAGAGUAUUUUGCAUCGGAAAAACAGUAUAUUGAUGCUAAUCUUUUGUUUUGCAUACUUAUCAUCCUAGUGUGGUUGUUGCAGGCAAGAAGAAUUAAAAAUACAUGCUUUUCAAGA